AAAGCGGAUAAAUUGAUUUUACUUAAUGAGUCAUGUCUGUAUUUUAACGAACGUGAGUCAACUGAAAAGUAAACAAAAAGUGAUUAUAGAUCUAUAAGUUGUGUAAUCUUGUGAGUGUCAUGUUAGUUGUGAACUUCGACAUACAUUUGUGUACUUCCGUGUGGAAUAUAUUGUUAUAUGCCAGUCGAUUUUAAUAAAAUUUUAACUUUUAACUUUAACAGUGGGCAAAGUACUAGUAGUUGGUCGUGGUAAUACAAUGGUAUAGGGAACGUUUGAGGUAUACAUGUAGUACGUGCAUUUACAAAUUAGUACUCUUGUCUUCAAUGCACUUUCACCUGAGUCGAAAUUACGUGCUUUUUCUGUCCCCAACGUUACUCCCAUUUUGUGCUAUGCAGCACGUAACGACGUGUGUCAUAAACGGUAGACUAUCUGGAGAAUUUUAAUUCCUUCCGACGGGCACCACGGGUCACACGUGUGCAUCCGGACCCACCUUUGUCGUGCCACCCACCCGCCCGACCGCUACAAUAAGUCUCAGGUCAAUUGAUAAGAAUAAAACAAGCUCCUCGCGAGGAACGCCCAUCGUUUGUCAUUUGAUAUGCCGCCAUAUUUGGCAAAAGUCCACACAUGUCCAAUUGUUUACCGUGUGUCCAAGCGUGGACUUGUGAUCUCUUACGACCGGAAAUAGGAGUUGUCCCCUCCUCCGUGACCCUUCGCCACAAACUGUUGUUGUUUUGUGUACUUUCCAUGGCACCUGUUCCGGAACCGUGUGUGUGAAGACUUCAACCCACCAGUUGUAGCACGAGGUUCUGAAGAAGUCACACGCGAUCGCUGUUGUUCCUCUCCAUGCUGACCACAUCGGACCAAAUCCUGCUUCUGGCGCUGUGUCUCAUGCCAGGAACAGCAUCGCGGGCAGAACGGGGGGAUGAGUGCCCGUCCGAGUACAACGGCUUCUGUUUGAACGGCGGGAUUUGUGAAUACUUACAGGAGUCAGCUAAUGCUAUGUGUUUAUGUCCAAAACGCUACUGGGGUCCGCGGUGUAACCAUGCGCUGGUAGAGCUGGAGAGUACUGGUGAUGACCUGGCCACAGUACCAGUCGCUGUCAUCGUCGGUGCCAUCUUCGUAUCACUGUUGAUCAUAAUGCUCAUCAUCUUACUUAUCAUCUGUCUACGGAGGUACAGAAGACAAAGACAACAGCGGCAGAGACAACAUGUACAGUUAAACGGAGCACAUUCAGUCGGGCUUCAGCGGCAGUUAUCUGUAAAAAUGAGCCCACCAUUGCUGAUAGAAUACACGACGACUGUAUAGCCAUACAACCCAUGGUGUUGAACAUCAUAACAAAAACUCUUGACCACUUAGGAAGGGGGCCAGCCGCUUGUGACAGUCACCAUAUCCCAAUAGCAUCAGGGUAGUAAUGUUAAGCACAUUGAUAGAUGGUAUAUUACACCUGCACGAAACCUGUAAUGCAUUGUGUAUAGCACUUUAGCAGAACGUCUCUUUUAUAGUCGCGUAUUCUCACGUUUUAGGAUGACAUUCCGUCUAUAGUUUUCAAAUCUUGUGUCAGAAAAGAUAAUGUCUGCAACAGGCAAAAUUCUUAUAAAAUGUGGACCAAACAUCCAACGAAAAUGUUGAGAAAUUCAGGUUUUAUGCAGGUACAGUACGUUCUGUCGAUGUGCAGUAAUUUUAGCAGUACUAUAUUUUUCUACGGAGGAGCCUGGUGCUCUAUAUGUACUUGAAUGUAUUCUGUGUGGUGGGUUCAUACAGUCCCACUGUAAGGUUGCUUCUGUGUGAUGUAAGUCUUGUACUAUUUAUUACUAUUAUUUAUUUGGUUAAUUCCAUUUCUGUUAGAAUACUGUAUCAUUAAGACAGGACUUUGCUGAAAUCAUCAAAAUGUUUCUAGCAAGUCAACCACUUUUUCUUCAUCAUUUGGUUCAAAGUUAUACUUUUGACAUGAACAUUGCUGUUGCAAAUUUUAGUAGGUUAUCAGAAACAUAUUGCCAGUAAAAAAUGUUUCCAAUAUAACUAUACAUGUAUCAUAUAUGUUAUUCCAAAAUCUUGAUUUUGGUGGCGUACAAAGCUGUGACUUUUACAUAACACUGCCCAAUUAGAAGCACAGUUUUGGUACAUGUUUGCCAUAAUAUUACUCAUUCCUUCAUGUAUGUCUGUCAACUUUUUAUGGCUUUUGUUUGCAAAAGAUUUUCUAGUUUGAUAUCAUUUAGAAUGUAUGUUAUCACUAAGUAUACUGCAAACAAAAGCCUAGGCAAUUGUCAUUUGUGUAUUUCUACUAUGCGGUAUCAUGACAUAGUAUACUAUUAUUAGUCAGACUGGCUAUAUAUUGUUUUAAGUCAAAGUACAUUGUACUUUCUUUUGUACAGUAAUAAAGUACUUCGUUUUA